GCUGUCUUUCGCAUGACAAAUUCACCAGAUGGUGCAAAGAAAAAUCUCGAUUCAUGACCUCAACUAGCUUUCACUUGAACUCAAAAGCUCUCAAGAGAAACGCCUAGAAAGAGCAAGAAUGGCACUAUCUCUGAUCAGUUUCACUUUUACACUAUUGCUAACUAUUCAGUUGGCAAUAGCAAGGACACCAAUGGUGAAGCCUAACUGUGCAGACCAUUGCGGAAAUAUUAGCAUUCCUUACCCAUUUGGAUUGGGUAAGGAUUGUUAUAUGGAUGAAUGGUUUGAGAUUGAGUGUGACACUACCAGCUAUCCUCCUACAGCAUUCUUAAGGCGAAUCAAUAUGGAGUUGCUCGGUAUUGAUCUUCGAGGCGGCACAGCUAAUGUCAGGAGUCCAAUAAUAACCUCCAAUUGCCCUAGCAGGGAUGAGGGUUUGCCUGUGAACUUGACAGGAAGUUCUUUCUUCUUGUCUGAUUCGAAUAUAUUCAUUGCAAUAGGCUGCAAUACCCGUGCUUUAUUGACACAUAAUACGCCCCAACUCGUUGGGUGCGACUCAACCUGCCUUGCCCAGAAUGAUGUUGAUUGGAAAGAAAUGCUUCUUAAAUUCACAACUACGUAUUCUGAUGUCUAUUGGAUACAGAAGUAUUGUAAUGGUUACAAUUGUUGUCAGGCUGUGAUACCUUCAUUCCUUCAGGUUUUCAAUGCAAGUUUUCAGGCUACAGAUGGUAAUUAUCAACGCAAAGAUGAUUGCAAGUUGGCCUUUCUAGCAGACGGAUCAUCAUGGGUUUCCAAGGAAGAAACGCAUUCCCCUGUCCAGUUUCGGAUGCAGCUAACUUGGAGGAUCAAUUCCAGCAUAUGGAAAUAUGAUGACUUUGAAAGAGCAAAUUGCACUACAAGCUACAUUUCUUUCUAUAAGGCAGGAUUCCUAUGUUCUUGCAAAAAUGGCUAUGAGGGCAAUCCUUACCUUGGAUGCACAGAUAUUGAUGAAUGCAAAGACCCAAUGUAUAGUUCGUGCCAAUGGAUUACAAGAUGUGUGAAUACUCCUGGAUCAUAUAAAUGUGUGAUCGAUAUGAUAUGGAUUAUCAUUUUUGGUUUUUUCGGUGGCGUUCUAGUAUUGUUAGUGGUUGUACUUGGUAUACGGUGGUUAUAUAAAUCUAUACAGAAAAGAAACAACAUUAGGCGGAGGGAAAAGUUCUUCAAGAGAAUGUUACAGCAGCAAACAUGUUCAAGUCAAGGCAAUGUUGAGAAUGCCAAAAUAUUCAGUUUAAAAGAGUUGGAAAAGGCUACUGAUCGCUUCAAUGUGAAUAGAAUUUUAGGCCAAGGUGGCCAAGGUACUGUUUAUAAAGGAAUGUUGAUUGAUGGAAGAAUUGUUGCAGUUAAAAAAUUCAGGAUAACAGAGGAAGCAGAGCUUGAACAAUUCAUUAAUGAAGUUGUCAUUUUAUCACAAAUUAAUCACAGGAAUGUGGUAAAACUACUUGGAUGUUGCUUGGAGACGGGUGUUCCUGUUCUUGUCUAUGAAUUCAUCUCCAAUGGAACACUUUUUCGAUAUCUUCAUGACCCAGAUGAGGAAUUUCAAUUAUCUUGGGAAAUGCGUUUGCAAAUUGCCAUAGAAAUUUCAGGAGCACUUUCUUAUUUGCAUUCUGCAGCGGGUAUACCAAUUUUUCAUCGAGAUGUCAAGUCAAAAAACAUACUCUUGGAUGAAAAGUACAGGGCAAAAGUAUCAGACUUUGGAAUUUCAAGAUCCAUGGGCCUUGGCCAGACUCACCUUACCACUAAUGUACAGGGCACUUUUGGGUACCUGGAUCCACAAUAUUUUCACAAAAGCAAAUUUACAGAGAAAAGUGACGUUUAUAGCUUUGGGGUAGUGCUUGUUGAGCUCUUGACUGGUCAAGAACCAGUUUGUUCUGCAAUGUCCCAAGAAAUCAUUGGUUUAGCCUCGCAUUUUAUUCAUAUGAUGGAAAAUAACAAAUUCUUUGAUAUGCUUGACCCUCGAAUCAUGGAGCAUUGUGUCAAAGAAGAAGUCAUGGUUGUUGCUAACCUUGCAAAAAGAUGCUUAAACGUUCAAGGAAAGAAACGACCUUCAAUGAAACUGGUGACAAUGGAGUUGGAGGCGAUCCAGUUUUCUCGAAAGGAUUUGAAUGCUGCUCAGAUACACUGAGAAGAAAUUAAAUGCAAGCUUGGAGAUGCUGAAGCUGCUUGUUCAACAUGGUCAAGUUUUGCUACCAUUGGUACUUUAUCAAUUGACAUUCCACCAUUAGUUUCUAAUAGUUGGUAAUUAAGAACGCCU